UUAAAUUAUGCCUACUGUGUACAGUUUUCUUGCUAGGAAGUACAUGGGGUCUCUCAUGACUACAUAAACCUGGACAGUUUGAAUGCAGCAAUAGUAUCUGAGCCUGCUCCGUGCUUUGUAGCUGAUCAUCACACUCACUUCAUUUAUUUGGGAUCUGAGACAACGAGCACCUGCCAUAGGUUAACUUGCACGUGACGUUACGCAAUGAACGUUACAGUGACAGAGUGACUUCCUUCUCGCAGCUAAAACAAGCUAGCUUAGCUAGCUAGCUCAGUGGGCUAAGUCAAACUUCUUUGGGUUUCUCUCCGUUGAGAAGCAAAGAACUUGACGGAAGUGGACUGUGUCUGCGUGUCCAGCAGGUCGGAUAUUUCACCAGCUCCUUAUCAACUUUGUGUAGCUACUUAAAAUGGCUUUAGUAACCGCGUUAAGAAGACUGGCUCACGUCAGGUUACGAGAAUAUUCCUGGAGGACGGCGGCAGUAACUUCGAGUGCUGGUGCCUGGCUGACUGGUCAGAGGAGUUUUACCACCGGCACACACUCUCUGAGGUCAGACAACAAGGUGACGGUCCACUUCAUCAACCGAGACGGGGAGAAGAUCACAGCGAAGGGGUCGCCGGGAGACUCACUGCUGGAUAUUGUCAUUAAUGAAGACCUUGACUUUGAUGGCUUUGGGGCAUGUGAGGGAACCUUGGCGUGCUCCACGUGCCAUCUGAUCUUUGACGAGGACGUCUACAAGACUCUGGGGCCAGUCACAGACGAGGAGAUGGACAUGCUAGAUUUAGCCUACGGCUUGACUGACACAUCUCGCCUGGGUUGCCAGAUCUGUCUGACGAGGUCUCUGGAGGGCUUGGUGGCCAGGGUUCCGGAGAGUGUAGCGGACAUCCGACAGAGCAAAGAUGGAUCCUCUUAACCCAACGUGGAUGUAGACAUUGUGGUUGUGCCCGGUCAGGACUGAGGGAAUGUGCACAGGGACGAUGGUGGGUGUUAAUCUGUCAGCACUGCUGGACUGCCACAACAUUAUAUAUUUUUUUUUAAUGAAAAUACUUCCAAGUCACCGACAACAAGAGCCAGCUUUUAAUAACCAGAAUGUAAAAAUACAGGAUUUGGACUCGCAAAUCCAUUUACAUUUUUUUAUUUUAUAGAAAGUAAAACUACAUAGGCAAAAGUUUUAGCGUAAACUCUGUAACCAUUAGAGAACCUUGCCAUCCUAGUGUGAGGAAUUUAUUAUGAAAAUAUUAUGACAUAAACUCUAAGCUAAGACAAAUCUAUGAUAUCAUAUCCUUAUAUGCUGUUCAUGUUAAUCCUAAUCACUUAAAAAACUUGUAUUAGUUACUAUGACUGAUACAUGAACAUCACUUUGCAGACUGCAACAUGUGCUAUAUACACCUCUAGUUUGUGGCUGUGCCUUUGAUUAUCUAAAAAAGUAUCCUUUGCUGUUCUUGUUAGUAUGACUGAAUUUACAAGAUUCUCUCUUUGUGUGUAAAUGCAGUCAUUAUCACUGAACAAGGAAAAGCUCCCCCGCUAAAAGACUACACAGCUGACUGCAGCCUGUGAAGGAAAUGUUUGUGAACCAGUGCAACUAACAGUUCUUGACGCCUCAGAGAUUGUGCUGAUGUCCCCCAAUAUUUUAUUCUACAUAUGUAUACCCCUACUAUUGUUGGGUUGAUCAGAUCCUUUAUGUAACUGUAUAAUUCAGUCAUGUGAUUGUACAUAGCUAGAACACACAAAUAUAUAUCUAUGUAUAGAGUGAAAAAUAAUGUAAUAAAAAAAAUCACCUUUCUAAUGG